AUGUUUUCUUUUCCUAAAAUUUCUUCCUUCUGCACCAGAUCAUUUCUUCUUUUGUUGUCCAUGUUGCUACAUUCUUUCUGUCUGAAAGAAAAAGGAAAUAAAAAGUCCGCCUAUUUUCCUCUCUCCUUUCCUUCUUCACCUUUCUCUACCUUUCUCUCUUUGGUUUUCCUUUUUGUCUUUCUUUCUCUUUUUAAUUUAGCACCACUUUUUUUUUUAAUUUUUUCUCUCAUCAUUCCUUUUUAUUUUUCUUCCUUUUCUCUUAUUCUUUUCCUUUUCAUCUUUCUCUCCCAAUCUCUCUUACCUUUCCUUUUUUUCUCUAACUCUUCCUCUAUAAAUCUUGCAAAUUUUAACAAUAUCUAUCUAUCUAUCUAUCUAUCUAUCUAUCUAUCUAUCGUCAUCCACAGACAGACUGCUUCAGAGUUAUUCAUUUGUCCUCUGUUUUUGAAAAAGCCUGUAAAAAUUGUGGAAAAAUCAUGUUUUCAUUCACAAAAUCAAAGCCAUCUAUCUAUCUAUCUAUCUAUCUAUCUAUCUAUCUAUCUCUUUCCAUAUAUGUAA